AUGCAAGCGCCGGCUACCCAAAUUUUGGAGGGAAAGAGAAUCUCUAGGGGCGAUGACAGCUUGAAUUCAUCGGGAAUUGAGGUGUCUCGGGAGGCUCCAGCUAAGACACCCACUGGGAUUGACGAUUUUUGCGACGAGGUUAUAUUGGAAGAUGAAGCUCUACCGGUGGACGACAAUACGAUGGAGUCACUUGAAAGUGACGAAUCAACAGCGACGUCCCGAGCCGUUUGCACCUCGCUCAACUUAUCGAAU